UCUUGAGCGAAAAUUAAAUCAGACGUUGGAAGCCCAUCAGAGAUCGCGGUUGGGCUUGUUUGCGUCUCGUUGCGUUGUAAGUAUUUAAUUAAGAACAUUAAUCACCUGGUAAAAAUCACAUCAAAACAUGUCAAGAUUGCAAACUAAGAAAGCCAGCUCGUCUCUGGACGCCGUUUUUAAGAUGGGAGAUAUAGCAGAGAUUCAUAUAACACCCGAGACUCCAGGAAGACCUGCUAUUCUGAACCCGUUUGAGAGCCCAAACGAUUAUCACCGUCUGCAUGAGCCUCUGAUGCCCAGCCCGUCGGUGUUCAAAAGCUCCAAGAGCUCAUCUGCGACACCAGCCAAGUUCAAGUGGUCCAUUGAUGAAAUGGCAAAUUUACUUCCUGUGGAAAUAGACCCUGAGGACAUUCACCGCCAGGCUGUGUUUCUGAGCCAAGCCAGGGCAGAUUCUGAGAUUGAGGCAAAACGGCAACAUGCUAUUGAACAGUUUUUCACUAAAGGUGCCAUUGUUCCCUCUCCAUGGGGACCACUCACAGCUAAACAAUCAAUAAAACUGCCACAUCAGAAAAGUCCGUUGUCCCCACUGGUAACAGAGGAGCCUCCGCCACCAAAGAAAAUCAAUGCCAUCUGUCAGACAGUCCUGUCCCUACCAGUGGACUUCAAUCUUGAGAAAGUUCUGGGUGAUUACUAUAAGACAGAAGAGUUAACUGAACAGGUGCAGGAAAGCCUUAGCUCCUCUUCAUUGCGACGUAAGCUGUUUCUGGAUGGUCAUGACAGCGGUUCUGAGUCUUCUACCCCUUCCAGCCCAGAUAGAAAUUCCCAUAACAUACCUCCCAGCAGUCGAGAGAUGAUGUCUUCUGUUAUUGUCUCUCCACUUCAGUGUGGCAUUCCAACCGGGACGCCAUUGUCUGGCCAGUUUUCUUCCAGUCCCAUCCGAGGCCAGUGUCGAGCCUACAGUCUGGGCAGUAUCACAAGUCCAAUGUUUUCAGAGAGAUCUUCUCCUGCUUUUAAAUCUCCUAUUCUGUCGCCCAUCAGACUUCAGCAUUCUGUGACGCCUGUAUCAGGUGAGAGGAAAAGGCUGUCGUUUCUGUCCCCCAGUGGUGUUCCUACGGGCAGCUCGGACAUGGACGUGAACCGAUGUGGAAAUAGCCCAUUGGUGGAGGGCUGUUCCCCUAUUCGCAGCUGCUCCCCCUUUCAGUCCAGACCCAGAGUCUGUAUGUGGGCCUCUCCUACUCACAUUUCCCCAAUCCUCCACGACAAGGAGAACAUCCAUCCCAGUGAACCUUUACCCACCAUGGACCUGGACGCCAGCUCGACAGGGCCUCAUGCCCAGCGAGAAGGACUGCUAUCAGGGGGAAGUGAGUCAGAGGCCUCUGUGGAUGUUUCAGAGCAAAUGGAUCAAGACGAGCAGUUUGUGAAGGAUACGGAAGGAAAUAUUGAGACCGACAAAAGUGAAGAUGAGGAGGAUGAGGUCAUCAGCAGGUGCAGAGAGGAAUCCUGUGGUUGGGUUCCUGAAGAGGACACUGCGUCACCAGCUAGACUGUCCAGCUCUCGAACAGGCAGUGUGCCUAACGCUGAGAGUACGCACAUGUUCGUAUCCCUGCUAGCGGAAGGGAGCAUCACACCGUAUGACAUUAGCAUGCAGGUGGAUAGCGGUUAUAACACUCACUCGGUUUGCACUAACAGCUUAAUGGACGCCCUCAGUUCAGACAGCCAGAGUAAGGAAAUGCUGGACACACACACUGCUGAGGAGGGUGUACCUUUCACUAGACACACUAAGCCAAAGUUGUUCAUCCCACUGCACUGAGCAUGAGGGACAAAACAGGCACUUUACACACUCUUAUGCCCAAAGCUGUGGAGGAGACAUGAUUUACACAUCAAGCUGAAUACUGAUUUCAUCUCAUAGAGAAUGCUGAAUACUGUGGUUGGUAUUACUGUCUGAGCCUUAAAGUUUUUUUGUACUGACUAAUCCACAGCAUUAUUUAUUCUUGCUUCAAAAAUGAAUGAAUUUGAGACUUGAAUAAGAUUUUUGUAUGGUUUUGAUUGUGGAAUGUAAAUGUAGCUUGCAAUAACUUUUGUUAAGAGGAUGGGGAGGUAUGUAACCAUUUCCUCUAGCUGUUUUUAUAGGGCCUUUUUUUUUUUUUUUUUACAAUCUUAAAAUAAUUUAUGAAUUAAUCACUAAAACAUAUGGAGAUACCACAAGGUAUACAUGUAUAUUAUGGCAGCAUGUGUAUCUGAAUUGUAAUAAAACGUCUUAAAAA